CGGACAUCGACAACUUUUCUCUCCCCAUUCUCCAUCUCACAUAAGCACAAGUAGCAACAAUGGCGCCAACACGGAUCCUCGCCCUCUGUGGCUUCACGCAGAACGCGACCAUCUACUCGAAGCAGCUCGGUGCCGUGCGCAAGACGGCCAAGAACGCCGAGUUUGUCUUCCUCGAGCCGCCUAUUGUCGUGCAGAAGGCCGACAUGCCGUGGAACGCGGGCUCGCUGGACCAGUUCGCCUCCAACGCCACUACCGAGGAGGAGUCGCAGACGCCCGAGACGACGCCGCGCGCUUGGUGGCUAUCGUCCGGUGACACGGCGGACAAGAAGGUCUUCCGGGGGUAUAACGAGAGCAUAAAGUACAUCCACGACUUCAUGGUCUCCAACGGCCCGUUCGACGGCAUCAUGGGCUUCUCGCAGGGCGCGUGCAUGGCUGCUGUUGUCGCGGCUUUGCUGGAGAAGCCCGGUCUCCACCCAGACUGGACGCCGUCCCCAGCACUGCCAAAGCUCAAGUUCCUGAUCGCUGUUGGCGGCUUCCUCCCAGCAGCCGUUGAGCCCUCGUUCGACAACUACUUCCCCCUCCCGGCUACUCUCCCCGUUCUGCACGUCCUGGGAAAGAACGACGUCGUGGUGUCUGCCGAGCGGAGCCAGUCGCUCAUCGACGGCUCGCUCAACUCGCGUGUGGAGCAGCACGACGGAGGCCACUUCACUCCCUCCAAAGCGUCAUGGCGCCACUUCUUCAACGCGUACAUCACCGCCGUCGCCAACGGCGAGGACCAGAACGACGUACCUCCCGUCAACUCGUUCGGGCCGUCCGGCGCCAACACCCCCGCCACGGGGUCUGGCACGCCGCGGUCUUCCACGCCGGCGCCUGCCGAGCUGGCACGGCCGUAGGCUGUGUUGUGGACAUGGGAUCAUGCAUAGGCAUAAUGGUUGUGG